AUAAUAUAAUAUAUUAUAAAUUAUAUAAAUAAGUAAAAUAAGUCGCAAGGAAUUGAGAGAGCUCAUAGUUCCAUCUAGUGAAACCAUAACAAACGAGGCCUUCCUAAAAAGAAGGAAGAACAGAAAGGGAAACUAAUCGGAGAGUUCAUAGUGAAAAUUCGUGAUAUCGUUCCGAUCGAAAGCGUGUUUCUUGUAUCGGCAUCUGAGAAUCAAUGGCGACGAAGACCGACGGAAUCCAAGAGGAAGAAAUUUCAAAGCUCGAGGAAGGCACUCUCGGAACCGGCGUCGCGCGCCUCCGUCCAUCGUCUUGUGUCGUUACCAUCCAAAAGGUUAUUGCGGAGGUGAUUGGAACGUACUUCGUGAUCUUCACCGGAUGUGGAGCGGUGGUGGUGAACAAAAUUUACGGAUCAGUGACGUUCCCCGGAAUCUGCGUGGUUUGGGGAUUGAUUGUGAUGGUUAUGGUGUAUUCGUUGGGACACAUCUCUGGAGCGCACUUCAACCCUUCUGUUACAAUCACCUUCGCCAUUUUUCGUCGCUUCCCCUUUCGCCAGGUUCCAAUAUACAUAGGAGCUCAAGUAGCAGGGUCCCUUCUUGCAAGCACCACACUGGACCUAUUGUUUGAAGUGACCCCGGAAGCCUUCUUUGGGACAGUGCCGGCAGGAUCCGAUGUCCAAUCUUUCGUCCUUGAAAUCAUCAUCACCUUCCUCUUGCUGUUAGUCGUCUCUGGUGUCUCCACUGAUCACAGAGCUGUAGGAGAAUUGGCGGGAAUUGUUGUUGGAAUGACCGUUCUUUUGAAUGUCUUCGUUGCUGGGCCCAUUUCAGGAGCUUCCAUGAAUCCAGCUAGGACCAUUGGACCUGCGAUAGUGAAGGGACAGUUCAAAGGAUUAUGGGUUUACAUGGUUGGGCCGUUGAUCGGAGCUAUUGCCGGAGCAUUUACUUACAACCUGAUGAGAUUCACAGACAAGCCAUUGUCGGAGAUCACCAAAAGCAGCUCAUUCCUCAAUCGCUCCCAAAAAUCAUAAUGCCGCCUCUUCACCAUCAUCUUAUCUUUUAACUACAGAAGCCACCAAGCUCGGAAGUCUCGAGCAGCUUCGCCUUUUUUCUCUCGGUAAAGCAAUUUCACUCUUGCACGAUGGUCAUUCAUUUGUGUAUUUAGUGUGUCAACCGAUCAAUUCAUCAUUCAUUCAUUUAGAAAAUUCGUUUUAGCAAAAGCAUUAUUUAUUUGAUCAAAUAGUGCCUUUUUUUUUUUCCUUCUUCCUUCCUUCCUUCAGUUGUUGAAAUGGAUAAUGGAUUCAUUGUGAGUUGUUUAUCUAAUGAAGG